AUGGAGAGGAAGCAGCGGAAGCAUCCGUGCACCGUCUGGGAUGUGGAAGUCAGAGAGGAGAGGAGGAUUCAGUUGCUCGUCAGCAGACAUGUCCAGCCGAGCAGCAAGUAUUACAAGGUUCAACACAACACUAGACGAGUGAAGCCAUCGAUUCUCCAUUCUCAGGUGAUUUUGCAUUGUAACCUUCCUUUCCGUGCAAGUUGCGGCAGCAUUCAUACUGGUUUCUUAGCAAACUUGCAAGCUGCUUGUAGCAAGAAAUUUGAGAGAAAAUCAGUGUGUGUGGGGGGUUAUAACAACUUUUACAGGAAAUUGCCAGACAAAUACAUAAUGGCAGGGUCGUUCAGAGAGGUGGUGAUGGAUGUGCAGUGCAAGGUGGAGGAAGGGAAGAAAACUCUGAGGCUACAUGACUCAAGUUGUUCCGCAGAUUUUUAUUCUGAAGUCAUGCACGCUUGUGUAGUUUAUUCUGAGGCUAGGUGGAGGAAGGGAAGAAAACUCUAA